CCAGGAAGAGAUUUGCUUUUGCCGACUUAAAAUCCUCGUCCACUUUUACGUCACGAUAAGUCCAAUCUGAAACUACAUUGGCCAUAAUGCACUUCGGCCCAAACACCAAACGUGAUUGGCUACUUUUUCCAGGAAGAGAUUUGCAUUUGUCGACUUAAAAUCCUCCUCGUCCACUUUUGCGCAUCAUGGUUGGUAGGAGAGUGGUUGUUUUCCCCACAUCAGCGGAGUUGGGCCCAGCGUUGGCCCGCCUGGUUACCUCUCGGGCAGAGCAGGCGGUCACUUCCCGGGGCAGGUUCACCCUUGGCCUGUCUGGAGGGAGCCUGGUGACCAUGCUUGGCAAAGAGUUGUUGGCUUUGCCAAGCUUGGACUGCAGCAAGUGGGUGGUGGGCUUCUGCGACGAGCGAGUAGUGCCAUUUGACAACCCUGACAGCACCUACGGCCUCUACAAGAAUGUUUUAUUUUCAAAGAUCAACAUACCGGAUGACGCAAUCUUAGCCAUCGACUUCUCACUGCCAGUCAACGAGUGUGCUGAGGAUUAUUCUCGCAAACUGAAAAAGGCUUUCCCCGAGGACAACAUCCCCGUGUUUGACCUGCUGCUGCUGGGCAUGGGCCCUGAUGGACACACGUGCUCCCUCUUCCCGGGACAUCCUCUUCUGGAAGAGAGCCAGAAGAUGGUGGCUCCCAUUAGUGACUCUCCCAAGCCACCGCCAGAACGCGUCACCAUGACCUUUCCGGUGGUCAACGCUGCCCGGUGCGCAGCGUUCGUGUCCACCGGGGGAAGCAAAGCACCUGUUUUGAAGGAGGUACUGGAGGGGCGAGAGGGUCCGCCGUACCCAGCAGCCCGCGUCUCUCCAACCAAUGGGGAGCUUUUAUGGCUCAUUGACGAACCCGCUGCCGCCUCUUUGACGAUGAAGGUGGAGAGGUUGAGUUCUGGAGACAAACUUUAGAUUCACAUUUCUGUAGAGAAAAUUGAGAAACAUCAAGGAGAAACUCGUGUUUUUUUGUUUUUUUUGUUUAGCACUUUCUGGAAGCCAGUACACGUUCUCCUAUCUCUAGAAGCAUCGGAAUUGGUAUAUUUUAGUUUUGGAUUUGUAAUAUUAGGGCAAUAAAACAACUAAAAUGCAUUUUUAAUUUAUUUUAAGACUGUGAAAAAGGUGUGGAGAUUCUACUUUUGGUUAAAGGCCACUUACAACACAGGAAGAGAUGAAUACAAACAUUUUGCAUUCCAAAACAAAUCAUUGUCACUAUUGAACUACCUACAAUAUACACUCACCACUACUACUUUAUUAGGUACACCUUCCUGGGUACAAUUAGGUAAACUCCAGGUACAGAUUACUUAACUCCGGGUACAGUUUAGUAAACUGUGGGUACAGAUUAUUAAACUGGGUACAUUUUACUAAACUCUGGGUACAAUUUACUAUCUGUACCCAUAGAUUAAUAAACUGUGGGUACAGAUUAAUAAACUCUGCGUAUGUUUUACUAAUAUAAUCUGUGGGUGCAGUUUAAUAAACACUGGGUACGUUUUACUAAACUCUGUGACUGUGUACAGUUUACUUAUCUGUACCCACAUAUUAGUAAACUGGGUAAAUUUUACCAAACUCUGGGUACAGUUUACUUAUCCGGACCCAGGCCCGGAGUGACUAAUCGGGAGCUUCUGGACGAUUCCAGAAGGGCCGGCCGGCCAGAUGGGCCGGUCCGCGUUUUAUUAAAAAAAAAAAAAAAAAAAAUUACACUGUUAUCAUUUUUUGUUUGGUAUUUAUUUAUGACAGUGUCACUGAGUAUAACUUACAUUCUGUUACCGCUGUCCCUGUGGGCCGUCUUAAAAAAAAAAAAAAACAGUAUUAUUUUUUUUUCCAGACUCAUCCUCACGUGUGCAGACGAAAAAUACAGCAUGCAGCUCCGCCCCCUAAUUGUAGUCUGUAUUGAGCCAAAUUAGCUGCUAUCUCGGUGCUCGGAUGGAUAAAAAGAGCAAGGGUGGCGCUGAAAAAUAAGAAUUAAAAAGAGAAAAGCACUCGUGAAAGAAUCGGCAAAAUGCGCGAAAAUAGCUAAUUUUUUUCAUGCAACGACCUUGCUGCCUCAAACUACAGAGGAUUACAACGAAAGUGGUAAGGCCAGAUGGCGAAUAAAAUGCAACUUGCACCGUGUGAUACGACAAUAUGUAAUUGUGGAAACUUUGGCUUCUUGUAGCACCUCACAAGGGAUAUGUAGCAGCAAGCAUUAGCCAUAAUGAACACACCACAGGUGCAGAGCUGGAAGGUAGGAUUGCCAUGUCGUUCAGCGAGUGAACAUUAGAAUUAAUAUAAUCAAUUACGUGGCGUUUUUAAAGUGGAAAUGGAAAAUGGAUAAUAGUAUCAUUAGAAGUUGUUACAAUGUGCAAUACGUAUUCUUUAUUUUUCAUAUUGUUAUGUUGCUAUGUUUGUUUUAUCUGUAAGCACUCAUUUUGUUAAUAUUUGAUGUUGCAGAAAAGGUCUUAUUUAUUCAUUUAUUUUGGGGCUGCCAAAAUUAUCGCGUUAACGGGCGGUAAUUAAUUUUUUAAAUGAAUCACGUUAAAAUAUUUGACGCAAUUAACGCACAUGCCCUGCUCAGAAAGAUUUAAAUGACAGUACAAUGACAUGCCCACUUGUUAAUUGUGCUUUAUGGAGUUUUGCCGCCCUCCGCUGGCGUUUGGGUGCGACUGAUUUUAUAGGCUUCAGCACCCAUGAGCAUUGUGUAAGUAAUUAUUGACAUCAACAAUGGCGGGCUACUAGUUUAUUUUUUGAUUGAAAAUUUUACAAAUUUUAUUAAAACGAAAACAUUAAGAGGGGUUUUAAUAUAAAAUUUCUGUAACUUGUACUAACAUUUAUCUUUUAAGAACUACAAGUCUUUCUAUCCAUGGAUCGCUUUAACAGAAUGUUAAUAAUGUUAAUGCCAUCUUGUUGAUUUAUUGUUAUAAUAAACAAAUACAGUCCUUAUGUACCUUAUGUUGAAUGUAUAUAUCCAUCUUGUGUUUCAUCUUUCCAUUCCAACAAUAAUUUACAGAAAAAUAUGGCAUAUUUUAUAGAUGGUUUGAAUUGCGAUUAAUUACGAUUAAUUUUUAAGCUGUAAUUAACUCGAUCAAAAAUUUUAAUCAUUUGACAGGCCUAAUUUAUUUUUCAAAUGUAUCAUUUAAUAUAGUUUUUUUUAAAAUCCAUUUUUAAAUUUGUUCAAAAUAUGUUGUGUAUGUUAUAUAUGUUAAAUAUGUUAAAAUAAAGCCACCUUGUUAAACAACCAUGACCUGCACUGAAUUGGAAUACACAGAAUUACAGUACACGGCUUUAGAGAACACUGAACUUAACACGUGUAUGCAUAAUGACAUAAUUUUAAAUGAGUGGGCCGGUCUGAGGCAUGAAAUUCCAGGGCCGAAAAUUAGGUUAUUUGGUUAUUAUCUAUUCAAUUAAUACAGUAUUAUUAUAUUAUAUUACAUGAUAUUAUAUUAUAUUAUAUUAUAUUAUAUUAUAUUAUAUUAUAUUCAGGGGUGCACAUAAGUGGUCCGCACAUGCGUACUGGACGUAGACAAACGCGCUGGCCCUCAACGGCUUCCAUACGCUUUUGCGUACCGAUGGCUGACCACUCUAUUUGCGGCGGACACGAGAAAAUAACUUCUCAAAAUGUCGAUGAGGCAGGCCACACUGAGUAAUUACUUCCGUGUUCCCCCACCCCCGUCAAAAGACAGACAGACGACAGAGACGUCACCGGAGCUACCGAAAAAAAGGACUUUUGCUGAAAAGUGGCUACAGGAGGUACCAUGGCUAGAAGCGAAUGAUGCUCGCACGGAAAUGCGGUACAAAAUGUGCCGUGAGAAUCCCAAUGUCGCCGAUUAGAGCAACGCAUUUUAUGUAGGGUCAAAGAAUUUCAGCCAUCCAAACUUUGAAAAGCACGAAAAAAACAGAGAGCAUGUGGCAAUUAAGCAAACUAUCGAUGUCAAACAGGACCCCACUCGCCCUAUGGACAAGUGGCGGAAUAAAGGUAAUGAACAGCGACAUGCACUGACAAACGUGUUUUUGCUCGCAUUUUACAAAGCUAAACAUGCACGUUCAAUGAGGUCUUAUGAGGAGGACAUCCCACUUUUAAAAAGGCUUGGAGUUAAUGUGGGAGCCGCAUAAUGCCCUUUAUUUUGAAUUGGU